AUGGCGUCCGCGGCGACUGUGCAGCUGUCAACGGGACAACGAAAAAAGCCAAACAAAUCGGGCUCGUAUUCUAAACAGUGCGGUCGGCACGGUUGUGCAUGGUUUAGAAGCAGAAUCCUUUCGGAACGCGCCACAACUCCACCCGGCUCCCCGGUUCGGCGGCACCAUGUCUCGGCUAAUAAACUGGCAAACACGCUACGGACGCUCGAAAGCUACCUUUACGGUGGCAUUGGAUUUCCGCCAGGCGCCCUAGCACUAGCGCACGUUCACGACGGCUCACCACAGCCAGCCGCACCACGGGCAGCACUAUUCUCGCUGCGCGACCUGCUCGGCGAUGGCAUGCUGUGGGCGGUGCCGAUGCAUCGCCGCACGGUCGAGAAGCGCCUCAAGCGCAAGUACGGUUCGCCCGAGUACAAGCUGAAAAUACUGACGCCAAAGGUACACCUUUGCACCACGGCAGCGACCAGGAAGUGGGCGUCCUGUGCCCGUUUCCAUCUCGAGCAGAUACUCGUCAAUGAUUUCGUACCGCUGGCUUAGCUUUUGCUGCAUCUGUUCGAGGUUCGCGUCCAGUGCGGAACGCUGGUCGAACAGCGGGCGGGAUUCGAUCCCUGCCGGCAAACCCUGCUGCUGCUCGCCCAGCAGGCGCUGCAAAUCCAGCGCCUCCUGCCUCAGCUCGGCUAUGUUGGCCACGAAGCGCUCGCGGCGCUGGCUGCUCUCCUCGUACACCUCCUCGAAAAACCGAACUCCUCGAAAAUCUGAAUUUUUUACCACUUUUUUAAAACAUGUUUCUCUAGGCAUUCUAUUUUUUGGAUCGAUUCAAUAAUCCAAUAAAAAGUUAUCGUAAAAAGAAUAAGCAAAACAGCAAACCCGGGUAGGUGGUUAUAGAAAUGAAGGUUAAAAGAUCGCUCAUGUGUGUGUGGAAUUCAUAUGGAGCGAUAUACAAAAAAAAACUAUUUUUUCUGCUAUUUCUUGCUAAAAUAGUGCAUCUUUUUAUUCACAAAUUUAUGUUGCUACAUCUCAACAAUGUUCCUGUUUCUUUAAAUUUUGCUGCUCAGGAUCAAAACUGUUAGCAAAUGAGCUAGGUCGCUGUAAGUAAACAUAUAAGUUAUAUUUCUUCUUUUUUUUUACCUUGUUCGCUGCAAUAAUGGACGGAGCAUAAGAACAAAGCGAAACAUAUUCACGACGAAUUACAUUCUUUGGUACUUCGAGUCAAUUUUAUUAUACAAAAUCAGAAAUUGGAUGGUUUACAAAAAGAAACAUAACAUUUCACAAGUGCGUCACAAUAUUAAACUUUAAUUUCGAGACAAACUCAAUAAAAUAUGGAACAAUACCGCACAAAACACGAACAUACCACAUCUAUUCACUUUCGAGAACUGAGCGAAGAGCUGGAAAACUUGUUCAGUGUAACCCAAAAUAGUAUGUAAGCGCGCAAAGUUGCAAAUAAAGUUAAUGGCGUGCGAGAGCUGAAUGCUUCGAAGACCUCUACAACGAUCCUUUUCCGUCAAAACGCUCAAUUUGCUGAUCGGUCUCUAUUACUAAGGAUGUAAAUCAAAUCGUGAAAGCACUGUACUGAGUGUCAAAUUUCACACCUCACACAUGAAGCUAUGCUUUUUGUUCGUCGUGUUUGUUUUUUUUCCAUUUACCCGCAGGACUGCAAUUGUAUCACAUUAUGAUCGACAAUAGAACGUUUCAAGAGGGAAGAAUGGA